AUGGCACCUGACGAAUCUGUCGCUAGCUUCACCACAAAGCUGAGUACCAUUGCUAAUGAGGCUGCUGUACUGGGAAAGAAAUACAAGGACAAAAAGCUAGUCAAGAAACUUCUCAGAUGUUUGCCACCUAAGUUCGCAGCACACAAGACGGUUGUGAAGUACUCCAUGGAUACGGACACACUUGAGUUUGAUAAACUUGUCACCCAAAAGAGCAUUGCGUUUGCCGCUUCUGGAGAGGUUGACAGAAUUAAUCAAGUCGGAGAAAAUCUGAGUCUGCUUGCUAAGAACUUCAAUAAAUUGCUGAAACGGGUUGAGAAAGGUCAGAACAGGUUUAGCAAGACUCAGAGAUCUGACAAGGAUAGAGGAACAUGCAGACAGUCACAAUCAGAUGGGGAUUGCUCUGGAAACUUCAAAAAAUGUGAGGUUCAAUGCCAUGAGUGUGAAGGUUUUUGGCACUUUAAGAGUGAUUGUCCUCUUACCAAGAGAAAGGAGCUAAAAUGCAUUGAGUGCAAAGGCUAUGGACAUACCAGAAAUGAAUGUCCAAAUAACCUCAAAUCCAAGGACAAAUCACUCAUCGUCUUCAAGGAUUCUGAUUCUGAAGAUGAGGAGGAGGAAAGUGAAAAUCUGAUGCUGAACUUUGUUGCUUUCACCGUUGGCGAGGCUGACAAAAGCGAAUCUAAGCCUGGAAAUUCAAAUUCUGAUUUGGAUGGUGAGGACAUUGAUCCGAAAGCGGAGUACAGAAAUCUCUAUGACAAUUGGGUAAAACUAAGCUCUGAAAACCUUCAGCUACUCAAAAACAAAGCCUUGAUGAAGGCACAACUGAACAUCUUUGAGAUGGAACGUACUUCCUCUGAGGAAAACAAGACUGAAACAACUCAGGUUAGCCUAAGUGAGGCAACAACAGAUGCGGAUGAGUUCAAGAAGGAACUAGCCUUGGAACGAGAGAAAAGAAGGGCUUUGGAAGAGAGGUUGGACAAUCUAAGGGAAGUGUGCCACAGUGAAAAAGAGAAGGCAAGAGAUCUCCAAAGCCAACUGGUUGAAAAUCACAAGAAAAUUCGAAUACUGAAUACUGGAGCCGACAACCUGGAUCAAAUUUUGUCAUCAGGACAACCUCCCAAAAAGAAUUGGGGACUGGGGUACACUGGUGUUUUUCAAGUUGAAAAACUCUCACCCACACCUAAAGGCUUGUCUCGUUUUGUGUUCGGUGGUACCUCCAUUGGUGAAUUGACAGCUACAAGUGUCAAGGGCAGUGAAUUAUCGGAGGCAACCAAGAAGAAAGACGAGGACAAUCCGAGGGUUGUGUUGAAGGAGAGUCCUGUGACUCAAGCAUCGGUUCAAAGGAAAACGCGACACAAACGAGUGUGCUACUUCUGUCACAAAGCUGGUCAUAAGCAGAGAAACUGCUUUAAGAGGAAAAAUAUAAUCAAGAAAGCCCGGAGGAAUCGGAUAUGUUAUCCGGAACCCAAGUACUAUGGGAUGGUAUGGAUUUCAAAGCAGGCACUAUACACUGGAAAAGCAGAAGACUAUCAAGGCAAUAGUGUAACCCAGGAGGGAAGAUGUGAUGUGGUUUGCAACUUUGCUCGAAUUAGUGUUACUGAACCAGAGAUGAUCAGCAAUGUGGCGUACACAUCAACUGAUGGAGAAGUCUCCAGUGCUUGGUAUUUUGAUAGUGGAUUCUCAAGACACAUGACCGGUAAUCAAGAGUGGUUCAACGAACUCAACAAAGUGAAAGGAGGACAAGUUACAUUUGGAGAUGGUGGUCAAGGAAAAAUCCUUGGUGUUGGAGCACUCACUCGAGAGGAUCAACCUCAACUUGUGAAUGUUUACUAUGUUCAUGGGUUGAACGCAAAUCUCAUAAGUGUCAGUCAGUUGUGUGAUGAAGGACUGAAGGUCAUCUUCACUCGGGUGGAUUGUAAAGCAGUUGAUGAAAAUGGAAACACUGUGUUCUAUGGGAUCAGGUCUGGAAAUAACUGCUACAUGUGGAGUGUAACUGAUCAGUGCCUAUUGGCAAGACAGUCCCAGUUGGACCUAUGGCACAAACGUCUCGGUCACAUGAAUGUGAAAGGCCUAACAAAACUUGUAAAGGCUGAGGUUGUAAGAGGAAUACCACUACUUGAAUCAGAAACUCAGACUGUGUGUGGCGCAUGUCAGAAAGGAAAACAAGUUAAGGUUCAACACAAGGCGUAA